CAUUCGAAAGUUGAAAUUUGAUUGUGUUGGCGGCGGAACGUGUAUCUUGUGCGUGUAUAAACUUGCGGACUCGCAAGUUUACAACAGUUUUUUAUAAUGAAAAAAUGGUGGAACUGGGUUCUCGCCUUUGCUUUGGCAUGUUUAUUAUUGGUAGUUAUACCUCUUUCCUAUCCUGGAGGUAAGAGUAAAGAGGAGUUACGGCCAAUGUUUGAAGAAUAUGUUCAAAAGUACAAUAAAAGUUAUAAAAACAACCCAGCGGAAUAUGAAACGAGAUUUGAGCAUUUUGUGGCUUCAGUCAGGGAAAUAGAUGAACUGAACUCUAUGUCGCGAGGGCCAGAACAGCAACGGGCCAAAUAUGGUCUAACGCAUUUGUCUGAUAUGUCCAAAGCGGAGUUUGAAGAAAUCCACCUGUCUGAUGAGCAGCCGAAUAGACGGUCUUCUAAUACUUGGAAUGAUCCUGACAACAGUGACAGGAACAGAUAUAGAGUCGGCAAUCAAGAAAGCAGUCACACUCCGAAUGAAUCUCAUGAUAAUGUCUACAUCAUUAUACGGAAUAAACGGGCAGCGCUGCCCCUUCAAGUUGAUUGGCGGGCUCAGGGCGUGAUCGGUCCAGUCAAGGACCAAGGGCUUUGUGGCGCGUGUUGGGCUUUCAGCACCAUCGGAGCUAUGGAGGCCAUGGCCGCUAUCGCUACGGGGAAAUUUCAACCGCUGAGUGUUCAGGAGGUAAUAGACUGUGCAGGGUUAGGUAACAGCGGGUGUGCUGGUGGGGAUAUAUGCCUGUUACUCGAUUGGUUGUUAAUGACCAAUACGGCCGUGGCCAGCGACAAAGAGUACCCGCUGAAGCUGACGAACGGCGUGUGCGCAGUGAACGGGAACGCGACCGGAGUCAGGGUGAAGAAGUUUACUUGUGACGAUAUGGUCGGGGCGGAGGACAAAAUUCUGAGCACAAUAGCCACCCACGGUCCAGUAGCGGUCGCUGUGAAUGCACUCACUUGGCAGAACUACCUUGGUGGCGUCAUUCAAUAUCAUUGCAGGUAAUGGUGUUUAAGCGAUUUCAAAAUGAGGUAAUU